GAGGCUGCUGUUGCCCCAGCAACCACCGAGGAGAACGAAGGCGGUCGCGGCCUGGGCGGGAUCGCGGCGCCGCGGGCCUCUCCCUGCCGGAAAGGUCCCGGGAGAGCGCGAGCCAGGCGGGGAGUCAGCGCCCGUGGAGAGAGGGACAGGGCUAUGGCUGAAGUGCACGUGAUCGGGCAGAUCGUAGGGGCCACCGGCUUCUCGGAAAGUAGCCUCUUCUGCAAGUGGGGCGUCCACACAGGGGCGGCAUGGAAGCUCCUGUCAGGCGUACGGGAGGGCCAGACACAGGUGGACACCCCCCAGAUAGGGGACAUGGCCUACUGGUCCCACCCCAUUGACCUGCACUUCGCCACCAAAGGCCUCCAAGGCUGGCCCCGGCUCCAUUUCCAGGUGUGGUCCCAGGAUAGCUUCGGCCGCUGCCAGCUUGCAGGUUACGGCUUUUGUCACGUGCCCAGCAGUCCGGGCACCCACCAGCUGGACUGUCCCACCUGGCGGCCCUUGGGCAGCUGGCGGGAGCAGCUGGCACGGGCCUUCGUGGGUGGUGGGCCUCAGCUGCUGCACGGGGACGCCAUCUACAGCGGGGCCGACCGCUACCGCCUGCAUACAGCCGCCGGUGGCACCGUGCACCUUGACCUGGGCCUGUUGCUGCGCCACUUUGACCGCUAUGGCGUGGAAUGCUGAGGCACCCUGCCUCCACGGGCCCCGUCCACAUACCUGGACACCCAUAAGGGGCAGGAUGGUGCAGUGGUCAGAAACGUGGGCUCUGGAGACGGCCUUACCGGACCCAGCCACGGCAUGGGGCAGCUUCUGUCCUGGCCACACCGCAAGCCCAGUACCUCUCCCUCUGAGGCCCAUGUUCCCCACCUGUGAAACGGGGGCAGCAAGUAUGUGGGGUGCCAGGGGUUUGGGGAGAAGAGGCUGCCUCACACGUGGACGUGCUCAAUAAAGAACAGUUCUGACAGG